AUGUUCAAGACUCAGGUCCACCAGUCACACACUGCCCCGACCUUCUUCCUGUUGAACAAACCGUGCAUUCCCGGCCCCGGAACUGCUUCAUUUUCCGUCAGGCCGAGGCCGGAAUUCCGAAAAAAGUACAGGAAUGUUAGGGUUGGCUACGUCCCUGCCAACAUUAAAGCAGUUGCUAGUGAUACUGAUACCCGGAAGUCCGUAUCUGUUAAGGCCACUGUUACUGUGAAAUUAACAGUUGGAGGGUUCUUGUCUAGCCUGAUAGGGUUGAGCCAUGGGCUCGAUGAUGUAUCUGACUGGCUUGGUAAAACACUCCUCUUGGAGGUCGUCAGUUCAGAGGUUGACCCCAAGACGGGCUUAGAGAAGAAACCCAUCGGCGCAUAUGCUCAUCGGGCUGCCGAAAAGGACGGGGAAGUAACAUAUGAAUCAGACUUUGUGAUUCCUGAUGAUUUUGGGGAGAUUGGUGCGGUUCUUGUUCAGAAUGAGCACCACAAGGAGAUGUACCUGAGGUACAUAGUCCUUGAUGGCUUCCCAAAUGGCCCCAUUGAAUUCAACUGUAGUUCAUGGGUUGCUUCCAAGUUUGAUGACCCUCAGAAGAGGGUCUUCUUCACCAACAAGUCAUACUUACCAUUGGAAACACCAAGUGGACUCAAAGAAAUAAGAGAAAAAGAGCUUGUAACCUUGCGAGGUAAUGGUCAAGGAGAGCGCAAGUCAUAUGAUAGAAUCUAUGACUAUGAUGUAUACGAUGAUCUGGGUGAUCCAGACAGCAGUCCUGAACUGACUCGACCGGUACUUGGUGGUAGCAAGCAGUAUCCCUACCCAAGACGAUGUAGAACGGGGCGUCCAAUGUCUAAGAUUGACCCGAAAGCAGAGACAAGGAGUUCAACCGUCUAUGUGCCAAGGGACGAAGCAUUUUCGGACGUGAAGGAGCUAACAUUCUCUACAAAUACGUUAUACUCAGCGUUGCACGCUGUGGUGCCGGCAAUAGAGUCAGUGAUUACAGACACUAGUCUUGGAUUUCCACUCUUCACCAAAAUAGACGAGUUAUACAAUGAAGGAAUCAAUGUUCCUAAUCUUAAAAAGCAUAAGGUUUUGCAAGAUAUACUGCCCAGACUAGUGAGGGCCAUCACUAAUUCUACAGAUAGUCUCCUGCAAUUUGAAACCCCUCAACUGUUGCUCAGGGACAAAUUUUCUUGGUUUAGGGAUGAGGAGUUCUCACGCCAGACUCUUGCCGGUCUCAAUCCAUAUAGUAUACAAUUGGUUAAGGAAUGGCCAUUGAAGAGCACACUCGAUCCUAAGAUCUAUGGUCCCCCUGAAUCUGCAAUCACCACGGAGAUAGUCGAGCGAGAGAUCAAAGGAUUCAUGACCGUUGAUGAGGCACUAAAACAAAAGAAGCUGUUCAUCAUAGAUUAUCAUGACAUCUUAUUGCCAUACGUGAGCGAAGUAAGGCAAAUCAAAGGGACAACGCUGUAUGGAUCAAGGGCACUUUUCUUCCUAGGCCCUGAUAACACAUUGAAGCCGCUGGCCAUCGAACUCGUCCGACCACCCAUGGAUGGGAAGCCGCAGUGGAAGCAAGUGUUUACGCCUAGCUGGGAAGCCACAGGUUCCUGGCUCUGGAAACUUGCUAAAACUCAUUUCCUUGCUCAUGACGCUGGUUAUCACCAGCUUGUUAGUCACUGGUUGAGAACUCACUGUGUAACAGAACCUUAUAUAAUUGCAACGAAUCGACAACUUAGUGCAAUGCACCCAAUCUAUAGACUGUUACACCCUCAUUUCCGGUACACAAUGGAGAUCAAUGCUCUUGCUCGAGAAGCUCUCAUCAAUGCUGAUGGGAUCAUUGAGUCCGCAUUCACACCCGGAAAGUAUUCUACUGAGAUCAGCUCUGCUGCCUAUGGCCUGCAGUGGCGCUUUGAUACACAAGGACUGCCAGCAGACCUAAUAAGCAGGGGAAUUGCUGUUGAGGACCCAAGUUCUCCACAUGGCCUAAAGCUAGCAAUCCCAGAUUAUCCUUUUGCCAAUGAUGGUCUCCUCCUGUGGGAUGCCAUAAAAGAAUGGGUUACCGAUUAUGUCAAUUUCUUCUACAAGGAUGCGAGCAUGGUGAAGUCUGAUGCAGAGCUUCAAGCAUGGUGGACUGAAAUCCGAACAAGAGGCCAUGAGGACAAGAAAGAUGAAACAUGGUGGCCAGACCUCAAAACACCCCAAGACCUAAUUGGGAUUGUCACAACUAUGGUAUGGGUAACGUCUGGGCACCAUGCUGCCGUCAACUUUGGACAAUAUGCUUAUGCUGGUUACUUCCCCAAUAGGCCUACUAUUGCCAGGACCAACCUCCCUUCUGAGGACCCAACUGAAGAAGGAUGGCGCCGGUUUUUGCACAAACCUGAGAAUGAACUCUUGGCAUGCCUGCCUACACAGCUUCAAGCAGCAAAAGUUUUGACUGUUUUAGAUGUGUUAUCAAGUCAUUCUCCAGAUGAGGAAUACCUAGGGGAGCAUUUGGAGCCAGCAUGGGGUGCAGAUCCCUUAAUAAAGGCAGCAUUUGAACGGUUUUCUGGAAGGUUGAAAGAAAUUGAAGGAAUCAUUGAUGCUAGGAAUGAAGACAAGAAUUUGAAGAACAGACACGGAGCUGGAGUGGUUCCAUAUGAGCUUCUGAAGCCAUUUUCUGGAGCUGGUGUGACAGGAAAGGGAGUUCCAUACAGUAUCUCCAUUUGAAGUCACAAUGAAAUGCUUUGGGAGUGAAGUUUUGAACUCAUUUUAUGGUUGCAAAACAAUGUAAAAUGUGAAAUUCGAAUCAGGGUAAUAAAGAUAUGCAGUCUUGAAUGCAGGAA